GAGCCUGGUUACCAAGGCGACGAGCGGCGCGUCCUGGAAGAGGCCGUCGCCGCGGCGGCGGUAGUAGUAGCGGUGCUACCAGAGCAGCCCUCGCAAACAGGACGCCGGGAAGAUGCUGCGCGACGGAGGCCGAGUGUUGCGGGAAGUGACGGGACCCAAGCCUCACUCGCUGGCCAUAAGGGCAACAUUUCCCAAAGAAAAUGUGGCUGGAAAGCAAAUCCUUGCCUGGAGGGCACAAGAUAAAAUUCGUCAUGAAGCUGCCAUGUAUGCGAAGGCCCACCUCCUCGGCUGCCAGAUCAAUGAAAGGGAGCAUCAUACUGAACGCAAAAUGCUACUCCGGCGUGUACAGGAGAGAGUGGAUACGGAAAUGCAGGCCUACCUAGCUGGGGCAGAAGAGAGAAAAGAGAGGCUUCGAGAUCUCCUGGAAGCAGAAGAAAAGUGCUACAUUGCUGAAAUGGAAUCGCUGGAAGAAACCAUGGAGGACAGACACAAGCAAAUGAGAGCGAGAGCAAAACUGCUGAGAGACAAUCGGGAAGAAGUCAGGCGGAAGCUUGUGGCGGAAAAACACGAGCAACAGUUCAGAGAAACUUCCGAGGAGUUGCGGACACAGAUAAGCAAGAGGCACCUGAUGGAGGUGUGUGAAGACCGAUUGGCCCAGCUGGCCCUGAAGGAGGAACUGAAGAUGCAAAGAGCAACGGAGGAGGCAGCUUUUGCAGCUCUUUGGGAAGCGGACAGGCUGGCCAAAGAGAAACGCGCAGCCGAGGAAGCCCAGAAAAGAUCGAGGCGGGAUGAUGGCACACUUCAAAUGCUGAACACCCAGAGAUCAGUGGCAGCGGCUCAGAGGGAGGAGGAGAAGCGGCUGAAGGCGGAAGAGGCUAAGUUGAUGGAAGAAGAACGGCAGCUGAUGAAGCUGGAGGACGAGCGUGCUGAGAUAGAGAGACGGCGGAAACUGAGAGAGUGCAGAGACAUGUUGCUGGACUCCAUGAAGGAGAAGGCGAGGCGUCUCAAUGAAACAAAGCAAGAGGAGCUGGCUCUAGACAUGAAAAUCUUGGAUCACGUUAUGCAAGAAGCCCUGGAGGACACAGAGGGGGAAAAGCAAAGGAAAAAAGAGCUCCUCAAAGAGCAGCAGUUAUACCGGGCGUACUUGGCUCAGCAGCUGGAGGAGGAAAAACGUCAUGAAAAAGACAUGGAGAAGCUGCGGGAGGAAGAGGUGUCCAAGAUGUGGGGCAAGAGGGCUGAGAAAGAGAAGGCAAUGAAGGAGGCCAGAGAUCGCUUGUUAAGAGAGGUCCUCGAUACACGGCAACUUCAGAUUGAGGAAAAAUUGCAGAGAAACGCCCUGGAGCAAGAGGCACUUAACCGGGACAAGGAACUGUUAAAUGUAGCCAUUCAGGAAUACAACCGUCUAGAAGCGGAAAAAUAUGAAAGGCGCUUGCGGCUAGCAAAGGAAUAUCGGGAAGACCUCAAAGCUCAGAUGGAUCACCUCAAGCAUGCCCGCGAUUUGGAAAAGGAAGAGGAGCACCGUGAAUAUGCAGCAGCCCUGGAAGCGGAAAGACUUUACCAACAAAAGAUGGCAGAUGUCCUUUCCAGACCUUACAUGAAGCUGAAAAAUCUCCAUCCUUUACGAAGGCAACUAGCUUGUAGCUCUCAAUCUUAAUACGACUUUAUUUUUACAUUAAAUAUAUAUUUAUAAUUUGCUGCAUUUGAAAUACAUCAAGUGGUAGUUAAAAUAUU